CUUCAAUCCACAGCUCAAAGAUGGCAGGUCGCCAUGGACGGUGAGUCAGUGUCUCUGUUUAUAUGGGCACAUAGAGCAGUCCUACGCUUCUCGCGCCCGCCAAAACCAUCCACAACCUAGUUGAUACUGCUGCAAGGAGCCCUCCCACUUUUCACCAUACUCACCUGCGUAGACACUCACAAUGGCUCUCAUCCGCAUGUACCAGGAGUCGGACAAGGACGCAAUGAUCCAUAUCUUCCGUGAAACCGCCGCGCCAGAUCUACGCAAUGCAGGUGACCCAGUUCUGCAUUAUGCCUCAUUCCUCUGGUGUCGACCCUACCUAAUGCUAGAGCCCGAAAGCUGCUUCGUUCUCGAUGAUGGUAACGGUCUUGCAGUAGGCUACCUGCUCGGUGUCCCCAACACCGCGUCAUUUGUACAAAAGUAUGAGGAGACAUAUAUUCCGUACCUACAAUCACAGGGGUUUGAAAAGCCGGGGCCGGACGAGCAGACUGGCUGGGAUGAAAACCUCCCAAACGCACUGAGACAAAUCAUGUUCAACCCUCGUGCGAUGCUCCACACCCAAUAUCCUCAGCUGAUGGAGCAAUGGCCGGCGCAUAUGCAUAUCGAUAUACUAAACCCAUAUCAAAAGCAAGGCUGGGGUCGGCGUUUGAUCGAGCGGUUUUGUGGUGCGGCUAAAGAGCAAGGCGCAAGAGGUCUUCAUCUGCUUAUGGCAGCAGCGAAUGAAGAUGCCGGGAGAUUUUAUCCUCGCGUAGGAUUUUCUCGUUUCCCCUUUGUGAUCGAUGGCGGUGUCAGCGGCGAGGAGGGCAGAGAUGUUGGAACCAUCUGGUUCGUCAAGUCUCUCUAGGAGAGCCAGAGAGGCCAUGGAUUACAUCCACCUUCAAGUUCCAGCGAUCUGGAAAUAUCUAAUCACGUCACUGGUUACCCUACGAUCUCCAACCUCCCUUGAGAUCGGAGGAAAGCCGCGGCGUGGAACGCGCGUAUCGAGCGCCAAAAGUUUGAUGUAUUUUGCAUCUCAUUCUCGUUCCUGGAUUAUCAAUCAGAUCCCAACCGCGCAACACAUGGCAUGCUUGACUAUCAUCUCACAGAGCCUUUUCUAUGAUCGGAAGUGUCUCAGUUUGGAAAGCCUAAGCCGUUUGGGGUGAUUUCUCGUUCAUUUUGUAAACAUCUUCUGACUUGUAUUAGCAUACAACAAAGAUAAGCGCUAGCCCAUGCUAAGCAGAGAUGCCGACACCCGACACACUCCAGAAGUAUGGAGUAUGGAGUACUCUGCACAAACCAGCACUCGUUCUUCCAUUGGAAACAAGGUCUCUCCCGCGGCUAGCGGAGCCGAUGGCCUCUG